CUGACGGUCAAAUGUGGAACUAGUCGGCGUUUUGAACCAUAUCGGAAGUUUGAUCCAUUCCUUCAAUAAACCGUUGAAAAACUCAUCAAUAUGCCGGUCACACUGAUAGAAACUCUGGCGGAUUUUGAGACGGCCCUUACUGCUGCUGGUGAGAAGUUGGUUGUAGUUGACUUCUACGCCGUAUGGUGUGGGCCUUGCAAAAAGAUUGCCCCCAAAAUACAGGAAUGGAGCGAUGAGAUGAAAGAUGUCGUGUUCUUAAAAGUGGAUGUGGAUGAUAAUGGCGAGACUGCUGAAAAAUAUGACAUCUCGGCUAUGCCAACAUUUCUUUUGUUCAAGAAUGGAGACAAAGUCGGUGAUGUUGUUGGAGCCAGUGAAGCAAAACUCAAAGAAAAGAUCGACUCUCACAAGUAAUCAACUCCAGUGUUGUCUAUGCUGUAGCACAUUUUGUGAUCAUGGGCAUGGUGAAUUGAUUAUGUAGUACACACAUAUUUGAUUAUUCAAUUCAACUACUACACCAAUCUAUUUGAAAUCUAUGUUGAUACUUGUUUUUGUAUUGGAUUUUAUGUUACUUAGAGAUUUAGAAUGAAACAUGUAGGUUAAUCACCAGUAUAAAAUAUGUUACCAUUUUUGAUAAAAAAGGUCUAUGUUUUUGUUGGCAGGGCCAUGCUUGCUUGACAACACAUAGUUGCUUGGACUGCAUGUAUGUAUUGUAUUGGUACUGCUGCUACUGUGUUAUUGAUUAUUUUACUUGCAGCUCUGACCAACUUAGUUUCCAGCAGCAUGACAAAAGCUACAAUAUUUACUAUGUCCGUGCUAUCUCAAUAAGCGUAUGAAUUGGGCAAUGCCUAAUGUACUCCUGGACCAAGAGCAAAUAGAUGCCAGUUAAUUGGAAUUUAAAAAAAAUCUGAUUGAAUCGAUUCCUUGAAUGAUCGAUGCAUUGCCAUUGUUGUCAAGUUUAUGGAUGCACAGCACAAUCAUUGAAAUAAACUAAUGGACACUGAAUUGAUUGCACUGCCACUUUCAUGAAUGUCAUUUAUGUUUUAAAUGUUAGCAUUCUGUUGGCCUACAAUCACAAUUAAAAAAAACCCUAGUUUUGUCUGACUUUCUGGUUGUGACUUUGUCCAGCUUUCUGGUUGUGACUUUGUCCAGCUUUCUGGUUGUGACUUUGUCCAGCUUUCUGGUUGGGACUUGGUCCUCAGAACUCUGAUUUGUGAUGGAUGGAAAUUAUUAUGAAGCUAUCUCUGCAGAUUGGUUUCAGUUGUCGUUUUCAUCAGCAUACAGGUGUCGUGUUGAGCCCACACUGCCAAUUGAGAGAUGUCAUUUUUACAAUAGACAUUGUUGCUGCGUUCGACUAGACUGUACAUUUCCCAUUCUUCCACUUAGUAAGUCCUUGGUGUAAUGCAGAAGACUACCAAUAAAAAAUCUGAUGAGAA